AUGGCCAUCCUCUCGCACCCGGAGCGCCUGAGCAUCCGUGGGCCCUCCGUGUACGAGGACCAGGCCCGGCGCACGUGGCUGCCCCUGGUCACGGCCACGGGAGGCCUCCUGCAGGUCCGGCUGCGCCAGGUGGACGUCCCCCCUGGACACAUCGUCCUUCCCAGCCCGCUGCCCCCCACCAGCAUGCCUUGGGGGUGGGCGCUGCACCCCGGUGGCCGGUACCUCGACGCCAUGGGCCAGUUCUGGCGCAUCGUGAGCCACGUCGGGGCGGACGGCCGGGAGGAGAUGGUCCUGGAGCUGCUGCCAGGCCCGUAG